GUUUCCUGGGUGAUUCGACACGCUACGCUUACGCAGGACGACAACAAUAACCAAUAUGGCGGACACCUGUCAAAAAUUAAUCGGAUAAUUGGUUAACAAUUGGAGCUUACAGAUUAGAAAAAUAGAAGGAGCGCUGAUUUGAUUUUCCCGUUCUUACACCAGCUUUGACAGUUGGUAAAAAAAUACACAAGAAAAAUGACGUCCACGGCUAUGGCUCAGCUAGACGCUAACAUGAAGACGAGGCUCCGUCACACACAACACUCAAAGCUGGCAAUCACGCUAAAUGACAGUAAGGUGCUUGGAAGAAUUACAGAGAUGAGAACAGAGAAAGUGCGCGAGUCUGGGAAGUUUUCCACCAAUAAAAUGAAGACGCAUAACAGCGCAUGGACCCCUGUGAUUAACAAGGCCUCUAAUGAGCAGAUAUUCCUGGAAAGGAGAGACCUUGUGUCCCAUUGGUUUGACCUGUGGACAGACUCUCAGCGGAAAAGAUUCUUUGAUCUUAUCUUCCGACAGUGCAGCCGGAAACAGUACAAGUUUGUUCAGGACUGGUUUGAGGAGAUGGUACCACUACAGCACCUGGACUUCACCACAGUUCUACCCAGAUUUUUGGCUCUGUACAUCUUCUCAUUCCUCGAACCCAAAAGCUUGAGUCGCUGUGCCCAAGUCUGUUGGCACUGGAAGUUUCUGUCUGAACAGGAUGUGUUAUGGAUGCCCAAGUGUUUAAAGUAUGGCUGGUUCCUGCCAUAUACUCCAGCCAUGCACGAGUAUGGAAGCUGGAAAAGGCACUACGUUGGCUGUGUAUUAACCCUGGACUAUGUGACCACCAACUCCGCAAAUAACGCCCUGUAUGGUAUGCGAGGUGACGGGGUAGACCUGAUGGCCAAGCAGCCGUCACAGAAGGAUCUCACCCCUGCAGAGAGCUACAUGAUGGUGACAUCACGGCCACCCUGGAUUGCUCCUGCCUCUCACCCCAAGGACCUUCACAAGAAUAUGUAUGCCUUCCUGCAUGACUUCAACCCCAAUGACCCCAGCAUGCCCAAGUCAGCGCUGCUGUUCCACAACCGUUGGGGCAUCUUGAAGAAGAAGAGCAAUGUGACGACCAGUCUGAGCACCGAGCUCGGUCUUAAUACGCAGAGAAGACGCGAGAGGCAUAGGGCUCUAACGUCUGGUGAAGAUUAUGACCUUCAAACCGGUCGUUCAAUGACCUUGACCGAGAGCAUGAAGGAUGACCUUGUGAACCCACGUGAACGCAGGGUCAAUGAACUGGUGAACACUCAGUGGUACCCACAGUAUCGUACCGGUCCCCGAAGUUCUGCAGAAGAGAUAGUACUUGAAAGGACUGAUAUGUCUGGAGGCAAGGCGACCUACAGGGAUACAAUGAGAAGCACUAGAAGGUCAUCCCUCGCUGGAACAGAGCGCCCACAGAAUCCACGGGUCAUCUUCAUAUCAUCACGUGUCCCGGCAGCUGAGUUGUUGCUGGAUGCAGUGUUGUUUGGUGUGGUGCCCAUCGUCUAUGAAUACGAGGGAACCACUCCUGAAUCUCUGCUUGUGCGGCUAGAAAAGGCUCUACAGGGGAGAAAUGCUCAGAGCAUCGGCAUCUUCACGCACACAGAAUCCCCUGGUGAGAUCCGAUUGGUCCACAGCUGUAACGUCAGUCUGGCAAACAUGGACUACCCAGAGGCGCGAGAGUUCUUUGAGAUGGCGUCAGGUCACAUUCUACCAUCAGGAAUGGGUGGCCAGUUUGAUAUCUUUGCCCCGCUGGCUGCUUCAGAGCUUGGUAUGGAACUGAUGGUUCAGCUGACUGUGUUGACUGGUGUACAGUUCUCCAGCCCAACUGGAAUCAUUGGCAACUACAACCAUGUGAGUUCUGACUGGUGUAUCCCGUACAAGGAGGGACCCCCACCAGAGCAGUACUUCUGCACCAGCAAGCUAAACGUGUGGGCCAACACUGCAGACCAGGCUGUGGAGUCCCUCAAGAAGUGCCGACAGAUACUGGCCCCGUACUUCGAGAACGCACACAGGGACGUAGCUGCACAGCUCACUGGAGAGGUUGUGUUUGGUGUGCUGGGUCAGACAGACAUCCGAGGGGUCAAAAGUAUCACAGAGGCCCUGACAGAGGCACUGGUUGCACUGGGGGACCAAAAUGGGGAGAAUCCCCUGGAGUUUCUGGGCCAGUACCUACUGCAGAGAGCAGGGGUGUCAGAUCUUGAGUUCACCAGUACUAGACAGAGACUUCCAGCCAUAGAGCUUCCUGAGGAUGAAAUGCAGCCUGAAGUUGAUGAGGAGGGAACGGACAAGACACUGAAAGCGGAUGCCAAGAAGCCAGGGGACAGUGUGUGGGACAGUGACAACGAUGACAUUCAAGGGGGUGGGGAUGCACGGGUGGCCAGGCGGGGGGAGGACGGGAUGGAGAAGGGGACCCUUGAGGGGACAGAGGCGUCAGAAAAAUUGACCAGAACACGACAGAGGGGUGAAAGGCAGAAGGUAGUUAUGAAGACACAGGAGCUUAGCAAGAAGUUUGGAACCAUCAGGGCCACAGGGAAGCUGGAGAGAUUGACCUCGCAUCGUUUCCGUGAGUACCCAGAGAAGAGAACGCCUAUUGCCAUGGAGAUUGUCUCCAGCGAGGUUGACUACAACAGGGCUCUUACUGCUGUGAAGAAAGUCUACUUCAAGCCUCUCAACGCUGCCUUGAGAUCUAACAGAGGUAUCAUCAGCAAUCAGAAUCUUCAGAUCAUCUUCACAGACAUCCUUGCCAUUCUGGAGAACAGCAGCGAACUAAAGGACAACCUGCAAAGCCGUCUGCUCGACUGGGACCCCCAGCAGUCCUGCCUGGGCGAUAUUUUUGUCAAGUUCAACUCUCAUCUCAAGGUGUACACAAACUUUAUUAACAACAAUGAGGUCAUUCUGCGAUGUAUCGAGCGUUCCAAGGAGCAGACACCUGCUUUCCGAGCCUUCCUCGCGAGACAUGAUCGGAGUCCUGAGACCAAGAUGCUCACGCUACAAGAGUUGCUGUUGCUGCCUGGUUGUCGUAUCAACCAGUAUGUGACACUGCUGAGCUGGUUUGAACUGCACACCCCCAAGUCCCACCAGGACAGGGCUGACCUAGCCAACGCCAUAGAAACGCUCACUGAACUGGACCGCUGUAUAAGAGAGUGCCAAGUGAGGAUGGAGAGAGACCGAGAGCUGAUUGAGCUGCAGAGAAAGAUACUCAACUGCCCGGCCUUGCUGGAAGCCAACCGCUACCUGGUGAAACAUCUUGAUGUCAACCAACACAACCCUCCUAAAAAGAACUCGGACAUUCCUGAACUACAAUUCUUCCAGACAGCUGCCACGUAUGGAUUGUUCCUGUUUAACGAUGCCCUAGUGCUGACUCGCAGGACCUCCAAACACUUCCCGUUCAGCCGUGCCAUAGAACACAACUACAAGUUUGAGGCCAGUAUCUCACUGGGAAGACUUCGUAUACACGACAUGCCCGACUCUAAAGACCUGACCAACUCUUUCAAGAUGGAGAAUCCCAAGCAGCUGUGGUAUUUCUCCACGGAGACAGCUGAGGAAAAACACAACUGGGUCAGCCUUGUGGAGCAGUCCAUCCGGUCACAUCUACAGGGGUAG